CUUGUAAUUUUGACUUAAUUUACUCAUGACCUCGACAUUGUUUUCUCAUUAUAUGGGCAUAAACGUUGUUUGUGGCACUGGGGGCAUGGUCGAGCAUCGGCUGUGGGCAGAAAGGAGGCAGGUUGAACUGGCAGGUAAUGCACGAUGAUUCUCACCUGCGUGUAAUUAGUGGAAGCUGAAUUUUUUUGUGGCUGCAUCCGAAAUCGCAUACUGUGAAAGUACCUACUGCUUGGCUGUUGAUACAGUACAUACUGAUCAAUAUAAGUGGCAAGCAUGAAUACAAUCGGGGCGUACUAUGCGGCACGGAUUCAGACAGGUCUUCCGUGCCAGUCCCAUUGCAUUAUGGGAUAGUAAAUAUCCACAGUGUCCAGCCAUUCCAUACUGUAGAAUCGAGGAGGAAGCAGUAGGUCAUCCGGAGAUUUCUCACCUACUGUUUUAUGAAUACUGAGAAUUCGGACAUACCACUCCUUUGGCGUACUCCUUUUCGCCCAUGUGAAGUAGGGAAGUAGGGAUAUUCAGACGCAGUCUGUGUUUCUUUGCACUUUCGGUUGUCCCCCGGGAAAACCCAGAGUGAGAGAGAGCCAAUCGGCACAGAGCGUAUUUAUAAUUUAAAACGCAGGAAAGCGAAAGUAAAGUUUCGAGUAAAGUUGUGUCAUCCCAAGCCUCACUCCCACUUCCUCAUUCUUGAACCAUUGUGUCACCAUUGUGUUGCCUCGUGAUCUCCACAUAACAAAAAGUUGUUUACUUAUAAUCUCCACAUAACAAAAAGUUGUUUACUUGUAAUCUCCACAUAACAAAAAGUUGUUUACUUGUAAUCUCCACAUAACAAAAAGUUGUUUAAUUGAAAUCUCCACAUAACAAAAAGUUGUUUUCUUGUAAUCUCAAAAUAACAAAAAGAUUUUUAUGUGGACAAAAAGCCCUGUGAACUUAACGGGGCUGUAUCUGUAGGACAUGAACUGUAUCUGUAGGACAUGAGCUGUUACUGUAGGACAUGAACUGUAUCUGUAUCUGUAUCUGACAUGAACACCCACCUGUUACCAAGCUGAGAAAACUAGUUCCCGAACUGCGUGUUCAGUCCACAGUCCUCCCUCUGCUUUCAAGUCGCAUGUGUCAUGUACAAAACCUGGCAUAUUUGAUUGCUGUGCAGUGAGGAAUCUUGGCUCUCCUCUCUUCUCUGCUACUGAAGAGCUCCCACACUUCCUGUUCGAUGCCAGGCUUUCCCCUCCUGCCCGCGCCGUUUCAGUUAUCCACACUUAGGCGUGCUGUUGACGAGUGCUGCGCCUUGCAUGAAAGCCUGGCAUUAUUUGAGCCAUACUGACACAGUGUUGGAGGAGGGAAGACAGACUUUACGGAGGCCUCCUCAGUGGCUCGCUGGCUCUCCGGCCCAGUUUGGAUCUAAACAGCGCCCCAGAAGAAUGGACCUGCCAAAAUUAGACUUCUCUGCAUGACAUUUCUGCAGGUAACCAGCAGAAUGGUGGCUGGCGUGGUGAGUGGGCACAGCUACCUGGUGGCAUGCUGGCAGCCCAUUCUUAUCCUGAUGCUGGGCACUGUGCUAUCGGGUUCCACCACAGGAUGCCCGUCUCGCUGUGAGUGCAAUGCCCAGGAGCGCUCUGUGCUGUGCCACCGCAGGAAGCUGGUUGCCCUUCCAGAAGGAAUCCCUAUUGAGACGCGACUGUUGGACCUGAGCAAAAACCGUUUGAAAGCCAUCAACCCAGAGGAGUUCAUCAACUAUCCCCACCUGGAGGACCUGCAGCUUAAUGAGAAUGUCAUCUCAGUCAUCGAGACGGGUGCAUUCAGUAAUCUCUUUGGAUUACGGACGUUAGGACUACGCAACAACAAACUGAAGCUCAUUCAGCUGGGUGUAUUUACUGGUUUGAGUAACCUCACCAGGCUGGAUAUAAGUGAGAAUAAAAUAGUUAUCUUGUUGGAUUACAUGUUUCAGGACCUUUACAAUCUAAAAGAACUGGAAGUGGGAGAUAGUGAGCUGGUCUUCAUCUCUCAUAGAGCCUUUCAUGGACUCAAUAGUUUAGAGCAGCUUACCAUGGAGAGGUGCAACAUGACCUCAGUGCCCACAGAGGCCUUCAGCCAUCUCCAUACCCUGUUAGUACUCAAGUUGUGGCAUUUUAAUGUCAACCUCAUUAGGGAUUUUUCCUUCAGGAGACUCUACCGACUAAAAGUGUUAGAGAUAACAAAUUGGCCCUUUCUUGAAGCCUUGACCGAUAAGUCCCUGCACGGACUCAACAUUACCACACUGAGUGUCACACACUGCAACCUCACUGCCAUCCCAUAUGUGGCCAUCCAGCACCUUGUGUACCUUCGAUCUCUCAAUUUUUCAUUCAAUCCCAUAGAGAUUGUGGAGGGCAACAAACUGCACAACUUGAUGAGGCUGCAGGUAUUUGACUUAGUAGGGGGUCGAUUGGUCACUAUUGAGCCUUACUCUUUCAGAGGACUGAACUACCUUAAGGUUCUCAACAUUUCCAGCAAUAGCUUGAGCACUUUAGAAGAGUCUGCCUUUCACUCAGUUGGUAACCUUGAGACCUUGGCCCUAUAUGACAACCCCUUGGCAUGUGACUGUCGCUUGUUAUGGGUUUUCCGUCGGCGCUGGAGGCUCAAUUUCAACAAGCAGCAGCCAUCUUGUGCUGCCCCUGAGUUUGUGCAAGGGAAAGAGUUUAAAGAUUUCCCAGAUAUUCUCCCUGCUAAUUAUUUCACGUGCCAGAAAUCUAAGAUCCGGGACCACAAACCCCUUCAGAGAUUUGUGGAUGAAGGGACCACAGUUCGUUUUGCAUGCCAAGCAGAUGGGGACCCAACCCCUGUGAUCAUGUGGCAGUCUCCUCGGAAGCAAUUCAUCACCACCAAAAGUGUUGGACGUCUGUCAGUGUCUCUGGAUGGCACCCUGGAAGUACGAUAUGCCCAAAUACAAGACAAUGGCACAUAUACAUGUAUCGCGACCAAUGCAGGGGGAAAUGACACCAAGCUUGCUCAUUUACAUGUUCAUAGUUAUUCACCCAACUGGCCCCAUCAGCCUAAUAAGACAUUUGCUUUCAUCUCCAACCAGCCCAAUGAAAGUGGUGCCAAUGAGACUGGUAGAUCAGUCCCAUUUCCAUUUGAUAUGAAGACUCUUAUCAUUGCUACUACAAUGGGAUUUAUUUCUUUCCUUGGAGUGGUUUUGUUUUGUCUUGUACUCCUCUUUCUUUGGAGUCGGGGGAAAGGUAACGCCAAGCCAAACAUCGAAAUUGAGUAUGUGCCACGUAGAGUAGAGGGGCAGACCAGUCCAACUGAGGAAACCCAUAAAAUCAGAAUGAAAAUGAUGUAAAAGUCGAAUCCUCAGUUGAUGUGAGCAAAAUCCCUGGCAAGAGAUUUACCUUGAGAUGUGAGAGAAAAGCUAUCUUUGUUUCCCUUGUGUAAUUGAUGGAAGAAACAAUAGCUAAACUAAAGCAUUUUUCCAAAUACACAGCUCAGACCUAUGGGGAUUGUUCCUUCAAAGUCAGAAUGAAUUUCGUGGGACCUGAAGUUCUGCUUUUAUUUUGGUAACACAUGAACAUGAGUCAGCCUGACUCCAAUUAUUUCAAAGCCAGAAAACAGAGGGCCAGUUUUAAUCCAUUCUUGUCUUUGUCUCUGCCUUUUGUCUUUUUUUUUGUACAUAAUUCUUUCUAUGUACGUGGGAAUAUAGUAAUUAAAGGAUUGCGAAAUCAUAUUCAUGGGUUAAGCAUACUGGAAUUCUUGUGAUGUACUUACAUGGUUAGGACACAUUGUAAAUUGUACACGUGUCUGAUAAAAUUUCUGUAAAUGUUCAUUGCCAAGUUUUUAUAAGGCAUAUACAUUUUUUUUAUUUACAGUUAAUUAAUGAUUAUGCUUGACAAUCAUCCAUAUUGUAAAUGUCAAGUGUUAAUCCUGAAAUAUGCCGUCCUUUGAAUGGAUGGAAUAAAUUUAAUUUUGAUGCCAGAUAUAAGCCUAGUAUCUCUAAGCCAAAUGUAGCUUUGAACUUAAAGCCAUUUGGUGUGAAUGUGUGGUGAAGCCAUUAAAGAUGUUUGUGGUGUUCACACUGAUAUAUUCAUAUCUGACAUAAAUCUCAUGAGAAAUCUCUAUCGUCAUCUGAAGAUCAAGUUUUUUAACAGCACAUUUUUAAUCAUUUCUCAUAUUCAUCAUAUCCCUUAAUAAUUAAUUUACCAUUUAUUAAAACAUAAUUCAUGUUCAAAAGGCAGGUAGUUCUCUGAGGGUAAAUGUGUUCAUAUACCCUUGCCUCUGAAACAAUGCCAGACUUUAAAAACAUUAAAAUGUUAACGUUUUCUACUCCAGUGUCCAUUUUUACUUUCACAGUUCAGUUGUGAGUCAACUAUACAAAAGUGCUUGAGAUAAUAGAAAUAUUAUUGGCACAACUGCACAAAUUCUUAUGAUCCAGUUCACUACCAUUGUCAUUCGACAUUUACUGAAAAGGUCUUUUCUGUGCAAACGCUCAUUCGGAUAUGAACAUGUCAUAAAUGAUAAUAGCUGUGAAAUUGAAAUGUCUAAUCAACCUUGGCUUAAAGUUCAGAGUUCAGACCCUGGAAGUCAGAGAGAGCAGGGGGAUUAUCAUGCAUGCAAAUGCUCGAAAGAAACUAAAGGCUAGGUAAAUGCUGCAUACGCCCACUGAAUGCAGUCAUUACUGAUAAGAAUUGUGAAUAGUCUAGUUCUAUGAAUAACUUGAAUAAAGGAUGGACAGAUUUUUUUUCCGUUGUAUGUUUAAGAGUCAUCAAUCUCUUAGUUGUAAAUGUAUUGAUAUAUUCUGUAUAUUUAACUUAUAUUAAGUGAUUCAUUCAGAGUUAGGGUCAAACAUAUUAUAAAUAUUUUGAAAUAAUUCUAAAUGGCAGACUUUUUUUAAACCCCCGGCCUAAAGACAAUAAAUCCUUAGUCUGUUUGAUCCUGAUUACAUCCUCUUCAUGACUAAAAGCUUUGUUCUUUUAAAUGUAGUAAUUGUCUGAACAUUUGACCUAAAUAAGCUGAUUCAUUAAUUUGUUACUAAUGAGCGUUAACAAAAUUAUCCAGCUAAACAUAAUGCUGAACAUAUACGAAAUUAUAUAAUAAGAAAAAUCUAAAAACAUUUGUAAUACAUUAUAGAUUGAAGUUUUGAGGUGAUGUGACUGAUGCAAGUUAUUGCACUGGAAAUACUUCAAAAAUAUGUUUAAGGGUAUUAUAUUUUGCAAAUGUUAAUUCACAAAUGAAAGAUGACCUAGUUUAGUCACGGUAAGAGAGAAAAUAAUAUUCCAAAUGAUUCCUUUUU